AUGGUUGACUGCCCGCCCCCGUCCUCACCAUGCAUCUCCUGUGACACAGCCGGUGCCGUGUGUAGUCCCUAUGAUGAUUAUAAUGGUUCCUACAAUAACUAUCCUCGGGGUCUCUUUUGGGCCCCUAGGGGAAAGCAUCUAGUGUCCUACUUCGCUGAUAAUACCUGUCGGGUAUUCGAUGUGGACCAAGGACUGGCCCAACCUACGCGAACCGAGCAGGCCUCGGGGACUAUAACUGCAGUGGAGAUGUGCCCAUUGGGAGCUGAGCCGGCUGAUUUCCACUAUGCAGUUUCGGUGAGAGAUCGGCCGAUUCAUCUGGUCAACCUCCUCACUGGAGAAGUGGCCGCGAGUUACCAAGGCUACUCCCUCACUGAUGAGGUUAGAGCCGCCUCGUGUCUGGCUUUCUCCCAAGACGGCUCGCGUUUGCUCGGUGGUGUCGCGGGGCAGCCUCAAGUGUGGCUGUGGGACCUCACUCGUCCUGGCAAGAGCGCCUAUCAUCGUGUAUUAUCAACUCGCAAAGGGAAGACAGGCCAGCGUGGCAUCGUCUCGGCAGCGGCUUGGGUUGAUGACAAAUGCUAUGCCUUGGGAACCUACAGCCGUACUAUUGGUAUAUAUGAUGAACGCCAAGGGUCCAAGAGAAACGCCAAGUGUGUGAAGAUGUUGUCGGCCUCAGAUGGCGGUGGGAUCACCUCGCUCAAGUUGUCUCCCCAAGGGUUGCUGGUCAGUGGUCAUCGAAUGGACACUUCAAUGCGGGUGUGGGACUUGAGGUCCUCCGGUGUGGAACCCGUGACGAUGUUGCCUCGCGCGACCAAGACCAAUCAGCGCUUCGACUUUUCCUUCCUGGGCAAUAGUCGGAUUCUCGCAACUGGUGACGAUAGUGGUCAUGUCCUUUGGUACGAUACUCUCACUGGGGACUUGCUGGGCAAAUGCUGUGUGGCCUCUUCGGGGGCUCCGUGCAUUGCCGCUGAAAUAGAGCCUGUCAGCCUCAGUAGACUCGCAGUGGGGACUGGGCAGAGAGUGUGGCCCACGUACGUCUCAAUGGGCGACGAUGACAACACAGAGUUGCUACAGCCCAAGACGGACAAUAGGGUAGCUGUAGUGAAUUUCAGUGCCCCCGAAGGUCUCCUCUCGACCACCUUGCCAGCUGCUGUCCCGACUCCUAUCGAGGCACCGCCCCAGAAUGACCAGCCCGUCAUGGGUUCUGACUCGGAGGAAGCCGCAGCUCAGGUGUCUGAGCUGGCCGAGCCUCAGUCUGUGAUCAUACCGGAGGCUUUCAAGGGUCUACCGCCCCCGCCUGGAGUGAUAACGCCCCCUUGUAAUGCUCAAAUGCCCUGUAAUGAUAGUCAUGAAGACCCUGCUGAUUCCUCGCCUCUGGAGGGCCAAGCCGAGGCCGGCCCAACCACUGGAGCUGGUAUAGUAAAAUUCAAUAUUGCAGCCAACGCCGCCUCAGCGAGCUCGUCCGACUUCCGGGCAAGGUUCAUAGAGCCGUAUCAAUUUCAACACGGCAACAGCAUCAUCCUGUUGCAUCAGAGAGCCCCCUCAUUGGCCGCAUCGAACCCUUCUGAAGGACUUGACCAAGAAGAGGCAGACCCCCUGAACACGGGUGUAACUGUGUGGCCGUCAUCAGCUGACCUUGCAUCUCGUUUGAUCGAUGAAAGUGGCAGUGGGAGUCUCCUUGAUGUCGCUGGUAAGCGUGUCAUCGAGCUCGGGUCCGGUUGUGGUCUUGGUGGUCUCGCAUGUGCUGCGGCGGGCGCCAGUAAGGUUACUCUCACUGAUUUGCCAGAGGUUCUCAACGACGUAACGAAGCGGAACAUCGGGGCCAACUCGGUCCUCACGUGGGCAUGUGACCUGCAAGCCAAGCCACUUGCCUGGCCUGGGGAGGACUCGGCCGAGCUCGGCGACUUUGAUGUGAUUCUCGGUGCUGAUCUCAUAUAUAGGGAAGCUGAUGUCGAUCUCCUCCUGGCUGCUAUCCGAAAUCUGGUACAACAUAACCGUGUACAGAGAUUCAUAUGGAUGCAACCAUCCCGGGACCCUAUAGCCAACGCUAAGGCCAUGAACUGUUUCAGAGAGAAUGGCCAUGGUGUCACAACAGUGGGUCCAGACCUCUACGUCGUCGACUUAUCGGUUUCUACUGACCGAGAGCAACAAGUAGUGAGCGAAGAUACUGCAGUUGUUCCCGAUAAGGCUCAAAGUGUUGACGAAGGCGGAGAGAUAGUGCAGCGAGGCAAGCGCUCUCGCGAGGAUAGUGAUGAUGAUGCAGAACCGAUGAAGAGGUCUCGGGCAAGAAGAGGGUCAGUUUAUCCUGGCAUGGAGAGUUAUGACGCGGCCGUUUUUACUGCGUUCGAGAGCUGUGGUGUGCGAAGUGAUAAUGAUUCUGAUGGCAAGUCGAGUUCCAGUAGUGAUGAAGAUGCUAUUGAGUAACGUCUGUAAAAUGCAC